AUGUCGUCGUCAUCAUCAUCAAUGUCUUCUUCAUCCUUUGCAAAACGUACUUUAGGACAAGCACAUUGCUUCUGUAAGGUCGAUGCCACAUUGAGAUAUUCAUGCACUCCAAGAAAUCCAGAACGACCCUUCUUAGGGUGUCCAAAGUACAAUACAGAGGGAUUACCAUAUUGUAAAUUUUUCAAGUGGGCAGAUAGUAAUCAAGAGAUUGAGUUCCAUCUUCAAGAAAGAAACAAUGAUCUGUUAAGGAGGGAGAAGGAGGUCGAGAAGAUGCUGGACGAUGUGGAAAAGAUGAAGACUGAGCUCCGUAAAAGAGUGGAUGAAAUCGAGAAGAGAGAGCUGGUGCUCAGUGGUCAUACUACGCAGAUGGAAACAGAGGUGUCUCAUGUGAACAAAUAA